GCAGCGAGCGGAGACGGCCGGGCCGCGGCGACCUGACCCGGACGAGCGGCGCGCCCGGGGGCCCAGGCAGGGGGCGGGAGGAAGCGCGGGGCUGCGCGGGCCGCCCGGGCCCAGGAGAAGCGGAGCAGAGAGGAGCUGGGACACGGGCGGGGCCGCCGCAGCUCCGGAUGGGACCAGCGCCCUGGGCCCGUUAGUCCCAGCAGGAGCUUCGGGAGAAGCCUUCUCAGGGAGAUUCACCCCUGCCUUCCUUCCCCUCGGGCCCAGGCCUCGCUUCGCUCCCCGCCGCCCAUGGUCCCAGUCCUUCCGCCGCGCCAGCCCCCUCCCACCUUAUCCCCCUGGUCCUCCUUUCCGCAGCUCUCUGCCCUCCUAGCCCCUUCGGCUGUGAGGUGCCCCCCAGGCCUUCUCUUUGUACCAGCCUGCCCCCCACCCCCACCCCAUCCCAGUCUCGGAUCCCCUUUUCCUUCUCAGCUUCAGAUUCAUCAGGCGACUUCACCCCUCACUGUCCACAUCCCAGUCACAGGCCCCCUCGGCCCCUCCGUCCCCCUGCCACCCUACCCUUAGUCCUCCUCAGCCCGAGCCCGGGGCUGCUGGACCCAGUCCUCACCCGCUCCCCGGGGCUCCCUUCCUCCGUCCUCUUCCUCGCCCAUCCCUGCCCCUCUCCUGUGUCCCAGCCCUCCUGGCUCAUCAUCACUUCUCUUCUGGCGGUCUUCCCCUGGUUCCAGGCUGGGUGGUGCUGGGGCCUCCCCCGUAGGCCCGCCUGGCCCCGGCUUCUGGGGGCGGUGGGGCCCCCGCUUGCUCCCCAUGGCACUGCCAUCUCUCCUGCUGGUCGUGGCAGCCCUGGCAGGUGGGGUGCGCCCUCCCGGGGCGCGCAACCUGACGCUGGCGGUGGUGCUGCCCGAACACAACCUGAGCUAUGCCUGGGCCUGGCCGCGGGUGGGUCCCGCUGUGGCCCUUGCCGUGGAGGCGCUGGGCCGGGCGCUGCCCGUGGACCUCCGCUUCGUCAGCUCGGAGCUGGACGGCGCCUGCUCUGAGUACCUGGCCCCUCUGCGCGCUGUGGAUCUCAAGUUGUACCAUGACCCCGACCUUCUGUUGGGCCCGGGUUGCGUGUACCCCGCCGCCUCUGUGGCUCGCUUUGCCUCACACUGGCGCCUUCCCCUGCUGACCGCGGGUGCUGUGGCCUCUGGGUUUUCGGCUAAGAGUGAGCAUUACCGAACCCUGGUGCGCACUGGCCCCUCUGCUCCCAAACUGGGUGAGUUUGUAGUGAUGCUCCACGGGCACUUCAACUGGACCGCCCGUGCUGCCUUGCUGUAUCUGGAUGCUCGCACAGAUGACCGGCCUCACUACUUCACCAUCGAGGGCGUCUUUGAGGCCCUGCAGGGCAUCAACCUCAGUGUACAGCACCAGGUGUAUGCCCGUGAGCCGGGGGGCCCUGAGCAGGCCACCCACUUCAUCCGGGCCAACGGGCGCAAGACUUCUCAGACUGGGCUGCCAGGACCCCUUGGAGGCAUAAGAAGAGUGAGGACUCUGUUAAUGGGCUUUGAGGUACAGCAGAUUUGGUGGGGAAAGACAGUUGUGUACAUCUGCGGCCCUCUGGAGAUGCUGCACGACAUCCUGCUGCAGGCGCAGAGGGAGAACCUGACCAACGGGGACUACGUCUUCUUUUACCUGGACGUCUUUGGGGAGAGUCUCCGCGCGGGCCCCACACGCUCCAUGGGCCGGCCCUGGCAGGAUAAUCGCACCCGGGAACAGGCCCAGGCCCUCAGAGAAGCAUUUCAGACGGUAUUGGUCAUCACAUACCGAGAACCCCCGAAUCCUGAGUACCAGGAAUUCCAGAAUCGUCUUCUGCUUAGAGCGCGGGAGGAUUUUGGCGUGGAGCUGGCCCCUUCCUUGAUGAACCUCAUUGCUGGCUGCUUCUACGAUGGGAUCCUUCUGUAUGCCGAAGUCCUGAAUGAGACCAUACGGGAGGGAGGCGCCCGGGAAGAUGGACUCCGAAUUGUCGAGAAGAUGCAAGGACGAAGAUACCGUGGUGUAACUGGACUGGUCGUUAUGGACAAGAACAACGACCGGGAGACCGAUUUUGUCCUGUGGGCCAUGGGAGACCUGGUUUCCGGGGACUUUCAGCCUGCAGCUCACUACUCGGGAGCUGAGAAGCAGAUUUGGUGGACAGGACGGCCCAUCCCCUGGGUGAAGGGGGCCCCCCCCUUGGACAAUCCCCCCUGUGCCUUUGACCUGGACGACCCGUCCUGUGAUAAAACUCCACUUUCAACUCUGGCCAUUGUGGCGCUGGGCACAGGGAUCACCUUCAUCAUGUUUGGUGUCUCCAGCUUCCUCAUCUUCCGUCCUUACAGAAAACUGAUGCUGGAGAAGGAGCUGGCCAGCAUGUUGUGGCGCAUCCGCUGGGAAGAGCUGCAGUUCGGCAAUUCAGAGCGAUGCCACAAAGGUGCAGGCAGCCGCCUCACGCUGUCGCUGCGGGGAUCCAGUUACGGCUCGCUCAUGACAGCCCAUGGGAAAUACCAGAUCUUUGCCAACACCGGUCACUUCAAGGGAAAUGUUGUGGCCAUCAAACAUGUGAAUAAGAAGCGCAUCGAGCUGACCCGGCAGGUUCUGUUUGAACUCAAACAUAUGAGAGAUGUUCAGUUUAACCAUCUCACUCGCUUCAUUGGCGCCUGCAUAGACCCUCCCAACAUCUGCAUUGUCACCGAGUAUUGUCCUCGUGGGAGUUUACAGGAUAUUCUGGAAAAUGACAGCAUCAACCUGGACUGGAUGUUUCGUUAUUCACUCAUUAAUGACCUUGUUAAGGGCAUGGCCUUUCUCCAUAACAGCAUUAUUGCAUCCCAUGGGAGUCUCAAGUCCUCCAACUGUGUGGUGGAUAGUCGUUUCGUGCUCAAAAUCACAGACUAUGGCCUGGCCAGCUUCCGAUCAACUGCUGAACCUGAUGACAGCCAUGCCCUCUAUGCCAAGAAGCUGUGGACUGCCCCAGAACUGCUCAGUGGGAACCCCCUGCCGACCACAGGCAUGCAGAAGGCUGAUGUCUAUAGCUUUGGGAUCAUCUUACAGGAGAUAGCACUUCGCAGUGGGCCUUUCUACUUGGAGGGCCUGGAUCUCAGCCCCAAAGAGAUUGUCCAGAAGGUCCGGAAUGGUCAGCGGCCUUAUUUCCGGCCAAGUAUUGACCGGACCCAACUGAAUGAAGAGCUAGUUUUGCUGAUGGAGCGAUGUUGGGCCCAGGACCCAGCUGAACGACCAGACUUUGGACAGAUUAAGGGCUUCAUUCGCCGCUUUAACAAGGAAGGUGGCACCAGCAUUUUGGACAACCUCCUGCUGCGCAUGGAGCAGUAUGCCAACAACCUGGAGAAGCUGGUGGAGGAGCGCACACAGGCCUACCUGGAGGAGAAACGCAAGGCUGAGGCUCUGCUCUACCAAAUUCUACCCCAUUCAGUGGCAGAGCAGUUAAAACGGGGAGAGACUGUACAGGCUGAGGCCUUUGACAGCGUUACCAUUUACUUCAGUGACAUCGUUGGCUUCACAGCUUUGUCGGCAGAGAGCACCCCCAUGCAGGUGGUGACACUUCUUAACGAUCUGUAUACGUGUUUCGAUGCCAUAAUUGACAACUUUGACGUCUACAAGGUAGAGACGAUUGGAGAUGCCUACAUGGUGGUAUCUGGUCUCCCAGGCAGAAAUGGUCAGCGUCAUGCCCCAGAAAUUGCUCGUAUGGCCCUGGCGUUACUGGAUGCAGUUUCUUCCUUCCGCAUCCGCCACCGACCCCACGACCAACUGCGGCUGCGCAUAGGGGUCCAUACAGGGCCCGUCUGUGCUGGGGUCGUCGGCCUGAAGAUGCCCCGCUAUUGUCUCUUUGGAGACACAGUGAACACUGCUUCCCGAAUGGAGUCUAACGGUCAAGCCCUGAAGAUUCAUGUCUCCUCUACCACCAAGGAUGCCCUGGAUGAGCUCGGAUGCUUCCAGCUAGAGCUUCGAGGGGAUGUGGAGAUGAAGGGAAAAGGAAAGAUGCGAACUUACUGGCUCCUAGGAGAGCGGAAAGGACCUGCUGGGCUCCUAUAAACCCUACUUCUUCCCAAGUCAGACAAUCCCCUGCUGCUGGUACCUGGGUGGGCAGUAGCCAUCAUCUCUCCACACAUCAGAAGUGGACAUUGUCACAUGAGAUGGAAACCAACAUGCAUAAAACCCCCACCUUAUAUGGAAACUGUUGCCCUUUGCAGCUCAGUCUUGUACAUAUACCUGUCCCUCUCUGGCCUGGUCCCCUUCCUCCCUACCUUCUGUAAAUAUCUGUAUCUAAACCAGAAUAUUUUGGCCAAAUAUAAAACAAACAAACAAAAACA